AUGUCUGAUCGUCUCUACCGCGCCACCGAGAAGGUUAAAGUCAUGAUGAAGUUGAGACCCUGGUCACCAAAGCGAGAAAAGGAGCAUGGUCCUAGCCGCUGCUACCUGAUGGAGUUACCCACCGAGCUAUUGCUAGAGAUCGUAUCCCAUCUGACAGUCCUUCCGGAGGCUGCUCUGGCGUUGACCAACAGGCGUAUGUUCGCGAUCUCCGGGGAAAUCUUAUUCUCAAAGUCUCUCCGUUUCAGUCGAGACUUUGCACCGCUGUUCCACCACUACCGCAACGGACACAACUUUGUGACCCCCCGAUGGUCGUUCCUCAACCUGCUGGAAAACAGUCGCUGGAAACUAUGUUCCAAGUGUCUGAAGCUUCAUCCGCGAGAUGCAUUUUCGCCAAGAGAGUUGCGACGAAAGCCAGAGAAUCGAACAUGCAACGUGGGAGAUCUUGCAGGCAUUGUCGACUUGUGCCCAUGCAAGAAGUUAACAUACCGCGACAAGCUUGAUCUUGUCGAUCACGUCCGAGUACGACAAAUAACGCUGCAAGCUCUCAAGUCAGAAUUUGGGAAUGCGGUUGACGAUCGCUAUUGCUGGCAUACAUGCACCGAGCAGUAUGGCCCUACGGAGCUCAAGACAUCCUUGUUCCCAGAACUUGACGAGAACGAUCAGCUGGUGAUUCGGACUGAAUACAAACUCACCACCGAGUCUGGCCAGGUUGGUAAAGAAGAAUUCAUGACCCCACGAUUCGGCUGUGCCCAUCGCUCCGUCGACCUAUGGCUUUCGAGUGUGCACCAAACAACCGUCUGCCAACUCUUCGACACAUUCUGCUCGUCCUGUCAGCGGAUUUCCGUCUGCAGUGCGUGUGACACGACACUCAAAUGCCCGCGAAAAGCAGUCUUCCAUUCUGAAAAGUCUGGCCAAGCCACAUAUUCGUUUACGACACAGCGAUGUCUGGGCGGCACAAGUCCAACGCCGGAUCCGGCCUGGGCAGCGCAGAGGAUUCAUCCAGCGGAACCGUCUAUCAGUGUGGACAACUGCAACGAGCUCUGUCCCUGGACGGUGCGGGAACAUCCGGCACUUUCCUUUGCACCCAGUAUCGAACAGGAAAUACUCGAUCCUGGAAUAGGUAAUCAACCCAUCAGCCAGCUUUAUACGUCCAUCAACAUGAUUUAA